AUGGAUGAAUUAGGUGAACAAUUCGGAGCAAAGCCCAAUUUAACAAAAUUGUUCUUCUCUGACCCAGUUCUUUGGUAUCAUGUCUACUUCGGACCUUUACUACCUUAUCAUUACCGUAUUAAUGGACCUCAUGCAUGGUCAGGAGCAAGGAAAGCAAUUAUGACAGUGGAUGAACUUCUUUGGUAUCAUGUCUACUUCGGCCCUUUACUACCUUAUCAUUACCGUAUUAAUGGACCUCAUGCCUGGUCAGGAGCAAGGAAAGCAAUUAUGACAGUAGAUGAACGUAUUCAAGCUCCUUUACAGACACGAAAGUUGAUUAAUGUAUCAACUAAAUCAAAUGACAAUUUGGGAAUGGCUAGCUUCAUUAUACCUAUUUUUGCUAUAUUAAUCUGUCUAAUCAAGUUCUGGUUUCCAUAA